CAACAUAUGGGUACUUUAGUAUUUUUCAGUUCAACCUUUUAUUUUUAUUUCGAGUUUUAUACUAUUUGGGCACAAAACUAAAAAGAUCAUCGAUCUGGGCUUAUUACGAAUUUCAUCGAGCAUCUGCGAACUCAAACGCAAACGCACUACGAACAUGGAACAAGAAGCGGCGGAGACACUGGUUCAGGCGGCGAGCUCCGAUGGUUCGAACCCGAAGGGGCCAGACGAGUCGGAGGCUGUGAACCGGGCAAGGAAAUUGCUGUUUCGGCGGGUGCUGGUGGGGAUAAGAGAUGGGCGGUUUUUCUUGGGAAAUUUUCACUGCAUUGACAAACAAGGAAACAUCAUUCUUCAAGAUGCAGUCGAGUAUCGUAGCACGCGGCGGUCUUCGCCUUCUCCGAUGGAGCAGCGGUUCCUCGGUCUCAUUCUUAUCCCUUCUUCUUGCCGUGUCUCUUGUCAUGUUGGUUGCUCUGUUGAAGAACAAUUGUCUCUGCUUUCAUUCUAGGAAGAAAACUAGACAUAUUAGGGUCCUGUUGCUAUUGGGAUAUCUAGAACAAGUGUUUGUUACUCAUGUAUGUUUGAUUUUAUCAAUAAUAUUAAAACGUUUUGCAAUCC